UACAUCCUUAAUGCUAAUUUUAUGUGUUUGUCUUUCAGAGCAAGUGGGGAAUAGAGAAGAGCCACCAUGUUAGGUGGGCUCUUUAUUUAUAACCACAAGGGUGAGGUGCUAAUCUCCAGGGUGUACAGGGAUGAUAUUGGACGCAAUGCUGUUGAUGCUUUUAGGGUGAAUGUCAUUCAUGCUCGGCAGCAAGUCAGAUCUCCUGUCACCAACAUUGCAAGGACCAGCUUUUUCCAUGUCAAGCGGGCCAAUAUCUGGGUGGCUGCCGUGACCAAGCAGAAUGUGAAUGCUUCUCAGGUGUUUGAAUUCUUGCUGAAGAUGCUUGAGGUUAUGGGCAGCUAUUUUGGGAAAAUUUCUGAAGAAAAUGUGAAGAAUAACUUUGUGCUCAUCUAUGAACUUCUGGAUGAAAUCCUGGACUUUGGAUACCCUCAGAACACAGACCCUGGCGUGCUGAAGACAUUCAUCACCCAGCAGGGCAUCAAGACGGCCAGCAAGGAGGAACAGGCGCAAAUUACAUCACAGGUGACGGGCCAGAUCGGUUGGCGCAGAGAAGGCAUCAAGUAUCGCCGUAACGAACUUUUCCUGGACGUCAUUGAGUACGUGAACCUGCUCAUGUCUCCCCAGGGACAAGUGCUGUCUGCGCACGUGGCUGGCAAAGUGGUCAUGAAAAGCUACCUCUCCGGCAUGCCUGAGUGCAAGUUUGGAAUUAACGACAAGAUCGUCAUGGAUGCCAAGAAGGGCACGACCGACGAUGCACAGCGAACAGGCAAGACGAGUAUCGCCAUCGACGACUGUCAGUUCCACCAGUGUGUGAAACUCAGCAAGUUUGAGACAGAACACAGCAUCUCCUUCGUGCCGCCUGAUGGCGAAUUUGAACUUAUGAGGUACCGCACCACCAAAGACAUCUCUUUGCCCUUCCGCGUGAUUCCACUGGUACGGGAGACAGGACGUACUAAGAUGGAAGUUAAGGUUGUUAUUAAGAGCAACUUCAAGCCUUCUCUGCUGGCCCAGAAAAUCGAGGUGCGCAUCCCGACGCCCCUGAACACGUCAGGCGUGCAGCUCAUCUGCAUGAAGGGCAAAGCCAAGUACAAGGCAGCUGAGAACGCCAUUGUCUGGAAGAUCAAACGUAUGGGAGGGAUGAAGGAAUCUCAGAUUUCGGCUGAAAUCGAGCUUCUGCAGACCGACAACAAGAAGAAGUGGACCCGACCGCCCAUCAGCAUGAACUUCGAGGUUCCUUUCGCGCCAUCGGGCUUCAAGGUGCGCUUCCUUAAGGUGUUCGAGAGCAAACUGAACUACUCCGACCACGACGUCAUCAAAUGGGUGCGCUACAUCGGGCGUUCUGGCCUCUACGAAACGCGUUGCUGAGUGCGCUGCUGUGUCUCAAAACUGCAUCAUCCAUUCAGUCGUCUUGCAGUCGCGCUUUGUGUUCAAGUUGCUAUACUCGAAAAUAUCAAUAAUAUUGUUAGCACUGGUUAUUGAGUAAUUGGAUUACUUAUUUCAUAGAUUUUCAGCAUGUAUUUAUCCUUAGAUUUCAUUAUUAGUACCUUGCUCCAAUGUAGCCAUUAUCUGUGACUAAUCUCUUGGGUUAUUUAGAGAUUAGAUUUGAAGAUCCAAUCAGUAGACAUCGUCAGCCGCGUAAAAUUAGUUGCUGGUGAAUCUCGUAGCUACUCUUGUGAGCUUCUAAUUAAAUUAAUUAAAUAUAGAUUAUUCUGAAACAAUUCAGUCAUGCACUUCAGUCACUAUCAAGCUUAAGAAUAAUCUGUGCUAGCAUCUAUUACUCAAAACUUUACAAUCACCCUCAUCAUCUGCAUUCUACUUACUUGUUCGUGAAAUAUUACUUGUCUAGUGCAACGAUUCAUUCAUGAUAUUGAAGAACUUUAGUGGUUGCUCCAUCAUCUGGCAUGGGUACAGACGAGUGUUCUUAUCGCACCAGAUAGCCCGAUGCAGCGAUUCAGUUGUUGAGUUGUUCUUGGAGACUCAAGAGUUACAAAUCUUCAUUGGAGGUGUUGACUGUUGUCAAACUUGAAAUUAAUUAAUACGGUGUCAGUCUGUUGAUUACCAAGAGCAUGUCUUGGAUGUCGUUUACAUUCUCAAAAAUUCCUUGCUCUCUCACUGCUUUGCAUCUGACGUUCAUUAGCUCGAGUACGAUGUGUUGGUGUGUAACUCAGUGUCGCGCUGUUUACAGUUGUUCAUAUUAGAGGCGUAAGACGAUGUUGGCCCUAAAGUAGACUCGUGAGUUAUGUCCCUCAUUAGUAGACGCUUUAUGGCGAGUUUCAUAAAACUGUACAUCCAAGUUAAUUUAUUUUUAUUUUUUUUAGUGUUUGCCUUUCAUGCCUCGUUGUUGUUGUUAAAGUUAAUUAUUUUUCUCUUUGCUGCGCGAGAGUAAUCGUUUCCUACCUUUAUCUCUUCGAACAAAUUAUUUACGUCAAUUAUCCUGUAAGUGUGGAUCUUGUUAAUUGACCUGUCACUCAUGGCUGACCAAACUUCUUCUUUAUUUUCUCCUACAGCUAUCGCUAUGAAGUGUUCUCGUCUCCUACAGUUGACCAUGUCUAAUCCAUGUAAUUGACGUGUCCAGAGAGACACGACUCAUCACCACAAUGGUAAAUGUGAUAUUUCAUAUCCUUCAAAGUCGCCAAGUUCAGUUUUUAUGCCUGGAGUGAUUUUUUGCUCGCGAUAGAACAUUUAAUUUGAUAUUUGUUGCAGUUCAUAUAAAUAAUCCAAUAAGCAUCACUGUCAGCUAUUGCUGCCUGAAUAUAUUGGGGUUGUUUUAUAAGCGUUUUCUUCGUAUGAUCUUUCCUUAUUCACGGAUGAAAUUGUGCAUUUCUUUUCUUAAGAGUGAAAGAUGAUCUUCCUAAAUGUAUUAGUUUCAUAGUUACAUUACUUUUGUUCUUUCAAUUUCUUUAUUUCCCUGAUGUCCUUAUUACAGUAUUUGUAGUAAAUUAUAUAUCCUUUUCCCAACUCAACAUGAAUGUAAUAUAAGAAUAUUCCUGUUGA